GCUAUGGAAACAUCGCCCCGAAAACUCCUUGGGGAAAGUUAGUAACUCUUCUCUACGCCAUCGUGGGUAUUCCACUGAUGCUGCUGUGCCUGUCUAACAUCGGGGAUGCUAUGGCUCAGUCCUUUAAGUUCAUUUACUGGAAAGUAUGUUGCUAUCUCUGCAUCAAGCCGCACAAAAAGUCCCGGAAAUCGCGGUCUUCCAUCCGCCAUAUUGAACGUUACACAUCAGGCCAAAGUUCAACCAUGGAAUAUGGAAGGAAGACCACUCAAGAGAUUCAUGUGGACAACAUAAACAGGAGCAGCUAUUGCACUGCACCAGGUACCACGUUGUCAGACAUUGAAACCCGUAGUCCUAUCUCACUCCUAAGUUCUCCUAUAAUUACUGUCUCAACAUCGUCUGCAAUUCCUAGAUCACCUCAGUACUCUACUCCUGAAAAUAGUGCCCCUCAACAGACUGACAGUGCAGACAAUAUGAAUUCUGGUCGUAUUCCUGUGAUUUCUAACAAGUACGUUUUUGAAAAAGAAGAAAUUGUUCCCGCUGACUUCUCUCGUCCGUCUAUGGAACGUCCUGGACUUUCUUAUUCUUAUAGCCUACCGCUAGGAGAAAUUCGUCGAUCUGAUCAAUUUAGUUUGCAGACCCGUCAACAGGAUGGUAUAUUGGAUCUUAACCUGGAAGAGGAGGAAGAGUCUGGAUCUGAGGGAAAUGACAAAGAAGAAGAAGAAGUGAGUGUGCCCAUCUGGUUGUGUUCCGCCAUCGUGAUUGGUUACAUUUGUGGCGGUGCUUUUCUUUUUACCAUUUGGGAAGAUUGGAAUUUCUUGGAUAGCUCUUACUUCUGCUUCGUUACCUUGACAACUAUUGGAUUUGGAGACUUGGUCCCCGGUACAGCUGUGUUAUCCGAAGACGCACAACUAACCUUGGGUUUGUGCGCACUUUACUUAUUGUUUGGCAUGGCUCUGUUGGCCAUGUCCUUUAAUUUAGUUCAAGAGGAAGUCACCAAGUCUGUUAAGUGCAUAGGCCGGAGGAUCGGAAUACUUCCAGACGAAGAGGAUGACAACUGAAACACAGCAAACGAAAGAAAAGGAAACACAUACAUGGGUAUUAUUCCACCGUUCUCCUGGGGCUCUACUUCAGCCAUAUAUUUUUUAUGAAUACAUA